AUGGAGGAGAUGAGCGAUCCUGAAGCCAUGGAGCAGGCAUGCCAGCUGUGCCACUGGGCAAAUGUGGACGAGAACAUCUGUGGGCUUUGGCGGCAGCACCAAGAAGUCUGCUUCCAUGCUUACUGCGUGUACUUUGCCAGCAGCCUGACUCCGGUGGCAUUCAGUGGAGACAUCCCAGUCUACCGCCUCUCCGCCAUCAGACGUGCCAUCCGGCAGUCAGCAGAGAAGCUCUGCUUUGUCUGUGGCGGGAGCGGGGCCUCCAUCACCUGCCAGGAGUCGGGCUGUGAGCGCAGCUUCCAUCUGCCCUGUGCCACCAGGGGCAGAUGUGUCACGCAGUACUUUGAGCAGUACAGGGCCUUCUGCUCCAGGCACCGCCCACAGCAGGCAGUGCUGAGGGACCCAGAGCCUGGCACCGACUGCCUGCUCUGCUUGGAGGAUGUGGGGGACAGACAGUCCUUCAGAACUAUGGUGUGCCCCGUGUGCCAGCACGCCUGGUUCCACAGGGACUGCAUCCAGGGCCAUGCUCUCCAGGCUGGCAUCUCCGCAUUUCGGUGCCUGCUCUGCAGGGACAAAGACCAAUUCCAGCAGGAAAUGCUGAGGAUGGGGAUCCGAAUCCCCAGGAGGCCACCAGAAUGGGAGACGGCCCAGGAAUUCGCAGCCCUGAUGGAGAGGCACAGCCAGUGCGAUGCCCAGCACUGCCUGUGCCCAGGGGGCAGGGGGCAGGCAGAGGAAGAGGGACCCUGGCAGCUGCUGCUGUGCAGCUCCUGUGCUGCUGAGGGCACCCACCGGUGCUGCUCCCAGCUGGAGGACAGCACGGCCCAGUGGGAGUGCCAUGGAUGUGCUGGCCCCAGCAAUGCCUCCAGUGCCACCUUGCAGGAGGCUGGUGCCAGCACCCCCAGGCAGCCCACUCAGGCAUCCUCCCGUGCCUCUGAGGCUGGGGAGGGCUGCUCCAGCCCUUCCGGGCCCAUGCGGCUGCGGGACCGCAGCCGCUUGCAGCGCCGUGCCCAGAAUCCCUACAGCCGCCCAGGCAGACGCUCCUCCGGUGCCAGCUCGGAGCUCGCUGGUGCCAGCUCGGAGCUCGCUGCUCCCAGCACAGCCAGCGAGCUGCCCUCGGGGCCUUCCUCCCCCGCCCCAAGCCUGGAGAGCAGCAGCCGCCAAAGCCGCCCUGGGCCCCAGCGGCUGCGGGAGAGGUCCUGCCCGCGCCGCGGGGCACAAGCACCUUACAGGCGGCCCAGCCACCGCCGCAGGAGGAGGUGA